AUGAAUCUCAUCCGUGGAGCGUGGUUCCGCGGCCUCGCGCCCGUCUCAGACAAAGUCGUAUGGGUCUCAGGCACCGCCGGCACCGUCCUACGUACCACCAACGGCGGUUCCACAUGGGCCAACGUCUCUCCAUCCUUACUUCCGGAUAACGCAACAACAUUCGAGUUCCGCGACAUCCAAGCCUACUCUGCCGAAACGGCAGUCAUCAUGUCCAUCGGCGAAGGAAACGCUUCGAGGAUUUACCGUACAACCAAUGGCGGAAAGAGCUGGAAGCCAGCUUUCAUCAACCAGGAACCCACCGCAUUUUACGACUGCAUGGCAUUUGAAAACGAGAAACAUGGCCUUGCUAUGAGCGACCCCGUUAACGGCAAGUUUCGACUUAUCGAGACAUGGGAUGGAGGCGCAAGUUGGAAAAUCGUAGAUCCAUCUGGUAUGCCUGCCGCACUUACCGGGGAAGCCGGAUUUGCAGCAUCAGGAACGUGUCUGGAAGCGGCUGCUGGUCGCUGGUACCUCGCAUCCGGUGGCGUCAACCCAGGUCGAAUUUAUCGCAGUAACAACGGCCAUGACUGGAAAGUGACCAACAGCUCGAUCACUGGCGGCGCAGCAGCUGGUGUAUUCUCUGUGCGCUUUCGAGAUGCGAAGCAUGGACUUGCUGUGGGAGGAGAUUAUCAGAACCCAACAGGGAACACUGGUAUCUCGUCUUGGUCUGACGAUGGCGGCGCAACAUGGCAGGCGAGCGAGCGCUUUCCAGCCGGGUAUCGUUCCGGUGCUUCCUGGAUUCCUGGGAGGGGAUUUACGGCGAUUGCGGUUGGCACAUCUGGUUCGGAUAUCACGUUUGAUGGUGGGAAGAACUGGAGGAACUUCGACAACGGGACGUUUGAUGCGGUAGAGUGCAUAGGAAUGAAUGUGUGCUGGGCCUCUGGUUUGCAGGGACGAGUUGCAAGAUUGUCCUCGUCGUAA